AGGCCGCCAGUCAUUCAAACGGUGGCGCGGCAGGGAGUUUAGCGAUUAAAAAAACUAAAAAAUAAAGAUUAAAUAAAGCUUUUCUGAUUAAAAGCUGAUCUGAUUCGACUCCAGAAACCUUUAUAAGAAAGCAGUAUGAGUCACUGUGAGUUGGAGGAGGUGACCAAGCACAUCGAUGACAAGAUAUCACUGGUUAAGAGGCUGCUGGAGCUGCGAGCUGUGGCAAAAGAUCCAGAGAAGCGAGCGUAUCUGGUGAAAAUUGAGCAGGAUGUGAACGCCAUCAAUGGGCUUCUGGACCGGUUUGAGAGAUAUGUACUACAGCAAAGAGACCUGCUGAAGCAUCUAAAGGAACUAGAGGAAUUUUUUCAGGAGGAUGUUCAAAACGCUCAACACCUGAAGGAAAACAUCCCGCCCCACAUGCCCUGCAGGGAGCAGCCGGCAGCUCAGUCGGGACAGCUGGCGGUUCAGAGCAGGCCAGCAGAUGUGCAGACGGCCCCUCCGGAGCAGGACCAGCCCAGGAAGCCCCCCCGCGUCCUGAUCAAAGAGAUGGAGUUCAUCACUGUUCAGGAGUUCGACACCAUCCCACAGUACAUGAAGGGGAGAGUUACGUACGAUCAGCUGAACGCCGCAGUGAAGAACAUCAACACAGCCGUCACCAGCAAAUACAAAAUCCUUCACCAGCCGGUUAAAACCCUGACCAGCGCCACCCGCAAGCUCCACCAGCGCUUUAAAGACCAGGAGAACAAAGACACUAAAGGUCAGUAUUUCGUGGUGGAGGAGGAUCUGAAGGAUCUGGCUCAGCUGAAGGUGGAUAAACGAUUUGUGGGGAUGUUAAACAUGCUGAGACACUGCCAGCGGCUGAAGGAGCUCAGGGGAGGCGGCCUGACGCGAUACGUUCUGCUGUAAAGUCCUCUAUGCACUGAAGGGGGCGCUAACAGCACAGUGGAUCAUCUGCUUCAUCCCUACAUCCAAGACUUAUCUCCAAUAAAGAUCUCCAAUUCUAGACUUAAAAUUGGUUCUAAUGUUAAACAAUGUCAGCAUAGUUUAUAGAUAAUGUACUGUAUAUAAGUCAAUCCAAUUGUAAAUAUGUUUAUGU